UUCACUUAAAUUGCCAAAAAUUUUAAGUGAGAGAUUUGGGUUCAAAUCCCUAAUAAAUCUAUCAAACAAAUUGCGACCCUUUGGAGAAUUAAAGUCUAUAUUUAUAAAUUAUAAAUAAUUUACAAAUUAUAAAUAUAUGAAUACCAAUUACCAGAGAAGGAAGAAAAUCUUCUUCCUCUCACCCUUUGAGAGAUAGAUCUUUCAUUAUUUGAUAUGGGCAUUGCUAUUCAUCGCCCUAAAAAUUCUUAUUCGUCGCCCUAAUUAUGUUAAAUUUACUCUAAUGCCCUUCGCUUAUUUUUUUUCUUCUUUUCUUUCAAACACUUAUAUCCAAAACAAACCCAUUAACUACCAAAUAACAAAAACACACCAAUAUAAUCAAUUGAUCAAUGAACAAAUCGGGUUUACCGUUUACGGAUAAAUCCAAAAACAAAAUUACUAUCCUAUAUUGAUUACAAUUAGGCAUUAGCCAUCUAAUGAUUCUGAUCUAAACCAAAAAUUGUUCUGCAACAAAAUGCAGGGCAAAUUACAAACAAAAUGCAGGGCAAAUUACACACUGCAAAUCAUUAUUAAAUGCAGACUAAUCAAAUACAUGAAAAACAAUCCAUGUCGUCUUCGUCUUCUUCUUAAUUUACUCGUUCAGAUGUCCUUCUUCCCCCUCCUGUCGGGCCGGCUUCUUCUUCCUCCUCGCGAUCAGCCCUCUUCUUCCUUCCUGGUUCUUUCUUCCUUCUUCAUCCUUCUUCUCGAGAGCAACCGCAGCAGGAGCAAUGGGGCGGCGGUACAAGGAGCAGCAGCGACGGAAGAAGAAACCUCCUUUUGAGAGUGUCAGUGGAACCGAGCUGGUGGACGGCAGUGGCAGCAGCAAUGGAAAGGGUGGGUGACAGACUUUCUUGCCCAAAUGUAGAGGUGGGGGAUCGGGUUUGGACUGAGAUGAGACCUUAGGGAUUGUUUGCUUAGUGUACGGUUUAGAAAUUAAGGUUAGGGUUAAAAGUGUGAAUUCAAUGUGUUUUAGGGUGAUAAAAUUUAAAUUUUAGAGCGACGAAUAGCGAUUCAGUUUGAUAUUUGUGAUGGUAAAUAUUGCAUAAAAAUUCAUAAUUAUGAUUUUGUAACAAAUGACAAGUUACUCUCAAUCAAAAAGAAGCAUAGGGUUUUGUAUAUUUAGCAUGGUAAAGGAAACCGUACCGGACAUCAUACCGGAUUCCUUUCUGGUAUGGUAUUUUGUGGUACGACCGUGGUUCAACCGUUUUGUACCGGUAAAUACCGUUUUUCACUAUUGAUAGAGAAAUGAAAUGCGAUAGUAUAAAAAAUAUAAUCCAUAAAAAAAAGAACCAAAUAGAGCAUUAUACAACCACGGUGACCCAUUUUCAACAUAGAAAAAUAACAAAAUAAUCUUCUUUUUUAAUUAUUUUCCACAUAUUGGACGAGAAUACGGAGAAAUGAAGCUGAAUCAUAGACCAGGAAACCGGAUCGUACCGGCCGGUUCAACCGGUCAAACCGAAAAAACCGGCCAGCACGGCAAAAUCAACACAAUCAGCCCACCGUACCGCUUUUGGUCAAAUUUCCGGUUGAACCGGUUGAACCGGCCGGUGCGAUCCGGUUUCCUGGUCUAUGAUAUUUAGUAAUAAUAAUGCAAAAUUAUAGAAUAUGUGGAAUUGAGGAAUUUUUUAAGUUUAUUUAUGCUAAUUGGAUGGUGACGUCUGACGUGAUGGGUUGACCGUUAGUCAAUGGGUUUGACCGUUCAAGAUAAUAGUCAAAUUUCGAAUUUGGUCAAUUUCGUAACUUUGAUACAUAGUUGAGACCACGAAGUUAUAAAUUGAAAAAAUUAACCAGAAUGUUUAAUAUGUAAAAAGUUUGGUCCAUACAAUUACAUUAACCCAAAGUUAAUAUUUCAAAAAUUAAUUAGGAUAAAAUAUAGUUUAAGUACUAUAAUAGGUAACCCCCAUAUUUCAGGGGCCAAUAUUACAACUAACUCAUUAAAUUUCAUUUCUCUUUCCUUUUAGGUGCUAUCUGAUUUGGCUGCUGGUGCUGGACCGAAAACAUUUUUUUCCAGCAAAAUCGCUCCGUGCAUUUUCCCGGGAAAGUUCCUACAACCCAAACCGCUGAAGAAGCUUUGCUUCUGAACGAACUUUCUGCUUUACUUCCUCCCACCGUCCCAAUUCCCAGGUCUCCGUUCUUUUGCUCUUCUCUUGAACUGGAAUUUUGACUCGCCACUUGUAGAUUCUUUAGUUAACAUUCAUCGUAUUCAGCAGCAGGAUAUUGACUCUUGUUCAUCUUUCUUCUUGUUUCCUUUUAAUCUGCCGACAAGAUCUUUUGUGUUUGUCGUUUCAAAUUGGGCUUGAGCUAUUUUCAGUUAUUCUUUCCCCUUUUUGAGGUUGGUUUGUCUUCAUCUACGAUUUUGGGAAGCAUUCCAUUCGCGUUUAAGUUAUACACAGUUGAGUUGAUUAUCAAUUGGAGGGUUUCUCCAAGUUGUGACUUUGUAAUUGACUACUGAACAUUCAGCAGGUGAUUAAUUGCAAUGAAACUUGAUUCAGGCUAACAGGCUCGGGACGGUUGUCUUGCAGCAACCGCAUAAUCAUCAUGGGUUUUACUUCCUAGGUAAUGAAUUGGACCAUUUGGUGUCUGUCUUGUGAUGGUCCUGGAUGUCAUGGAUAGUGCCUCAGGUCCUGCUUCAGAACUUCUUUCCCAGAUUGUGGAGGGAAUGGUUGAGAUCAUUGGUUCUGCCAAAGAAGUUUUCCUGAAAAAGUGCUGCUUUCAGGAGCUGGCCUUGUACCUGGAGAGGAUUGUUCCUGUCCUGAAAGAGUUGAAUGCAAAGGAUUUAGGUAGCUCUGAGGGCUUAACUAAUGCCAUUGAGAUUCUGAACCGGGAAGUCAAGGCUGCAAAGCGCCUGACUGCGGAUUGCGCCACAAGGAACAAGGUUUAUCUGCUGAUGAAUUCGAGAAACAUCACCAGGCAUUUACAGGACAUAUCGAGAGAAAUCAGCAGGGCUAUAGGUCUUCUUCCUAUGGCUACUCUGGAUCUCGCAUCUGGCAUUUUUGAGGACAUCACUGGCCUUUGUGAUGAAAUGCAAAGGGCCGAGUUCAAGGCAUCUGUAGCAGAAGAAGAGAUACUGGAGAGGAUUGAGUCGGGUAUACAGGAGCGAAAAGUGGACCGUUCUUAUGCCAACAGCUUGCUUGCUCAAAUAGCUGAAACAGUAGGAAUUUCGAAAGAGCGGUUCGUGUUGAAGAAAGAACUUGAGGAAUUCAAGGACGAAAUUGAAAAUGCAAAACUUAGGAAGGAUCAGGCUGAAGCUAUACAGAUGGAUCAGAUCAUUGCUUUGCUAGAAAGAGCAGACGCUGCCUCGUCUCCUAAAGAGAAAGAAAGAAAAUACUUCACCAAGCGGAGGUCUUUGGGUAGCCAACCACUAGAACCACUUCAGUCAUUCUAUUGUCCAAUUACUAGAGAUGUUAUGGUUGACCCUGUUGAAACUUCUUCAGGCCAGACAUUUGAGAGAAGUGCCAUCGAGAAGUGGAUGGCUGAGGGGAACAAUUUGUGUCCUUUAACUAUUACCCCCCUAGACACAUCAGUUCUUCGUCCAAACAAAACAUUGAGGCAAUCAAUAGAAGAAUGGAAAGAUAGAAACACAAUGAUCACAAUUGCUACCAUGAAGUCAAAACUCGAAUCUGAAGAAGAGGACGAAGUUCUUGGAUGUCUGGGACAGUUGGAAGAUCUGUGCUUACAGAAUGAUCAGCAUCGAGAAUGGAUGGUGCUGGAGAACUACAUUCCUGUUAUUAUUCAACUGCUCAGUUCAAAAAAUCGUGAUGUUCGUCAUAAUGCUCUUGACAUCCUAUGCAUUCUGGCAAAAGAUAGCGAUGACGCAAAGGAAAGAGUUGCACAUGCUAAUAAUGCGAUCGAGUUGAUUGUUCGAUCGCUUGGACGGCGUACUGGGGAAAGAAAGUUGGCAGUGGCAUUGCUGUUAGAACUAUCAAAAUGCAAUAAAGUGAAGGACUCCAUUGGGAAGGUACAAGGUUGCAUUCUCCUAUUGGUGACCAUGUCAAGAAGUGAUGACAGUCAAGCUGCCGCAGAUGCAAAACAGCUACUGGACAAUCUCUCUUUCUCUGAUCAUAACAUCAUACAAAUGGCAAAAGCAAACUAUUUCAGACAUUUUCUGCUAAGACUAUCAACUGGGCCAGAUGAUGCAAAAUUCAUGAUGGCAUCAACUUUGGCCGAAACAGAGUUGACUGAUCACAAUAAGGCAUCUCUGUAUGAUGGAGGUGUACUCAGUCCCCUUCUUCACUUGGUCUCAAGUGAUGAUAUUCAUAUGAAAACAGUGGCAGUAAAAGCUAUCCGGAAUCUCUCAAGCUUACCUGAAAAUGGCCGAAAGAUGAUUGAACAAGGGAUAGUACGACCAUUGCUCGACAUUCUUUUCCGACACGGUUCAUCAUCGUCCUCAAAUUUGCGGGAACAGGUUGCAGUCACGAUUAUGCACCUUGCAAGAUCUACAGUGUCUCAGGAGGAAUCCAGCCCAGUUCCAGUUUCUUUGUUGGAAACUGAUGAAGAUACGUUCAUGCUUUUCUCUUUGGUGAACCUCACAGGGCCUGCAGUGCAACAGAGAAUUCUCCAAACCUUCCAAGCCUUGUGCCACUCCCCCUCAGCAUCAUAUAUCAAAAUCAAGUUGAUUGAGUCAUCCGCCGUGCAAGCGUUAGUUCAACUGUGUGAGCACGAGAACUCAGAUGUCCGAUCAAAUGCUCUGAAGCUGUUCUGUUACCUCGUAAAAGAUUGUGAAACAGAAAUUAUCAUGGAACACGUUGGCAAAGAGUAUAUAGACACCUUGGUGAAAAUCAUCCAGAAAUCAGAUGAUACCGAAGAAGCUGUUUCUGCAUUAGGCAUUAUCUCUCACCUCCCAGAAGAACCACAGAUCAUCACAGAAUGGCUUCAAGAUUCUGGUGCGCUUCGAGUAAUCUUCAAAUUUCUUCAAGACAAAACUAAGAAGAACGAUCCCCACAAAAAUCAGCUUGUUGAGAAUGCAGUGGGAGCCAUGCAUCGUUUCACUUUGCCAACUAACCUGGAACGGCAAAAGAAAGCAGCAGAAAUUGGGCUUAUUCCAGUGCUAGUGAAGUUACUGGACUCGGGAACUACUACCUUGACAAGGAAGUAUGCUGCCACUUGUCUAGCUCAAUUUUCACAGAGUUCAUUUUCCUUGAGCCAACAAUUGACAAGGCACAAGGGAAUGCUCUGGUGCUUCUCGGCCCAGCACGAUCCCGGAUGCAUUGUCCAUGGGGGGAUCUGUACCGUCGAAUCGUCAUUCUGCCUUGUGGAGGCUGAUGCCAUACGGCCUCUAGUAAGAGUUCUCGAGGACCCCGACUUUGGGGUGUGUGAAGCCUCUUUAGAUGCACUCUUGACACUGAUUGAAGCCGAGAGACUGCAAUGUGGUAGCAAAGUGCUGGCAGAAGCAGAUGCUAUUCCCUCCAUGAUAAGAUUCCUUAGUUCUUCUACCUCAUGCCCUAGCCUGCAGGAGAAGGCUUUGUGUGGCUUGGAAAGGAUUUUCCGGCUGCCGGAAUUCAAACUGAAGUACGGCCAGUCUGCUCAAAUGCCUUUGGUUGACCUGACACAGAGAGGAAGCCACCACGUGAAGUCUCUCUCUGCCCGGAUCCUGGCUCACUUGAAUGUGCUCCAUGAUCAGUCAUCCUUCUUUUGAAACACUUAUUUAGCAGAACAAUACAGCCACAAUAGUCCAUUUGAUUUGAUUAUUAUUUGGUCUGAGAUGAUGAAAGGGCCAAACGAAGUUCUUGUCUCCUGUAGAGGGAAAGCAAAGCAAAUCCAGUUGAUCUUGUGGAUAGAGGGAUCGUAAUUAGUUUUACUUUUUGGCUAAUUUAUGGAAGACAAAAAUUGUUGUAGGGCUAUUCCCUAACAACUCAGCUGUAGAGUUUGGUUUUUGUUGUAAAUUUGUAAUUUCUAUUGCAGAGCUUUGUAACUUUCCUCCGUUUUACCUGCUUUUUCAUUAUGCACCUUUGUCCCCUUCGCACCCAUUUCAUUAUUUUUCAGUAGAAACGGAAUUCUCUGCUAAGCUCAGCAGCCGGUUGUCAAAUUGGAUUACUAAGUAACAAGACAUCUCAUGAUUUUAAAAUGAGUGUUCAACAAGCCAUCAAUUUAAGUUGGCUUGCAAGGAUAAGAAACACGGGUCUAGGUG